AUGACGUCGCUGGGGGAUAAAGGCUCUGUCCAGACACAGACCAAGGUCCUGUCCCAGGGCUGCUGGACGCAGGUCAGCUGUCUCUGCUGUGUGUCUGAGCGGGUGGAGCCCCUGGUCCUCAUCCAGCUUCCAGACAGCGUCCAGCCUGUCACCAAGAGGUGGCUCAUCUCCCUGAUUGAAGCUUCAAAGAGACAUGGAGGAGCAGCUUUGCUGGCCCAACCUGGAGAGGAUGAGUGUGGAAAUGUGAUCGUGGUGUCUGCUCCUCGCUGCACCCUUCUCAGAGCCACAGAGGAUCUGGGUCUGUGUAAGAAAUACCGCAAUGAAGAGAUGGCUUCUUUCUCCUACCACGACAGAGACAACUUCACCAAUGUCGAUGACAUGCAGGAGUUCCUGACGCUAGCGGAGCGUCAGUACAUAGUCAAGAUUGAGCUGGACUCUCUACAGGCCCAGAAGAAGCAGAGAAUCCCUGGAGUCCCAGAUGCUCUGGGGGUCCUGGAGGCCUGGGAGAACAUCUGUCAGAAGCUGGUGAGGGCAGGAGUGAUAAAGGACAUCUUCCCUCUACAUAACCAGCAGAGACUGAAUGACGUCUGCAGAAGGUGGUACUCUAAGAAGCAGAUAUGGAGACAGCCUCUCGAUGCAAUCCAGUCAUACUUCGGAGGCACCGUGGCGUUUUACUUCAGCUUUCUGCAAUUCUACACCUGGGCCCUGGUUCCCCCUGCCUUCCUGGGCCUGGUCCUGACCUUUCUGGUGCCUGGAGGUGGUGGGGUGGUGAAGGAGCAGGCCGUGGAGGGGGUGAUGGAGGAGGACGACGAUGGCCCCUCGGUCAGUGGUCACAUGGUACAGGCUGUAUUCAGCAUGCUGUGGUCCACGCUGUUCAUCGAGUUCUGGAAGCGCCGGAGCUCCUCCCUCUCCCACCGCUGGGGCACACGGCACCUGACCGAGCGUUUCGCCGAGCCCCGCCCCGGCUUCCAUGGCACCCUGGGGCUCAACCCUGUGACAGGCCGUCUGGAACCCCUGUUCCCGGAGUGGCAGAGGCAGCUGCGUGUGGGCCUGGUGUCGUUGCCCCUAGUGGGGCUGUUCCUGGGACUGGUGGUGCUUGGGAUGACAGGAUUCUACCACGGAGAGGCCCUGGUACAGGGCUUCCAUCAGGACAGCGGCUCCCUGUUCUCUGGAGCUCUGCUCUACCUGCCCUCCAUAGCCCACACAGUCUACACCACCAUAUUAAAGAAUGUGUACCACGCUGUGGCCAUGCAACUCACCAAGUGGGAAAACCACAGAGAGGAGUCCUCCUUCCAGAACCAUCAUAUCACCAAAGUCCUCCUGUUUACUUUCUUCAACAACUUUGCUGUGCUCUUCCACAUUGCCUUUUACAAACAGGACCUACCACUGCUACGCAAGAAGCUUGCCUCUCUGCUAAUUUUGAACCAGCUGGUGAACCAGUGUACAGAGGUGGUGGUGCCGUUUAUAGUCGACCAUUUCCUCAGUGCUCCCCAUAAGAAAGAGCAGGAGGACGACCUAGAGGUGGACAAACUCAGAGCCCAGAGAAGCCUUCCUCCUUUUCCAGGCCUGUUUGCAGAGUACAUUGAGUUGCUGGUGAAGUUUGGAUAUUUGAGUCUGUUCUCCUGUGUGUACCCGCUCACCGCCGUCCUCCUGCUUCUCAACAAUGUCACAGAGAUCCCAGGGGAUGCCUACAAGAUUUGUAAACUGUUCCGCAAGCCAUUCUCUGCCCCUGUGUCCAAUAUGGGGGUGUGGCAGACAGCGUUUGAGGUUCUGGGCUUUGUCUCAGUCAUGUCUAACUGCUGGCUGCUGCUGCUGUCCCCUCGCGUCCAGGAGUUCUGUCUGGAGGGAGGGAUCAGCGGAAAGAACAUCAUACUCGUCGCCAUCCUGGUGGAGCAUGUCCUGAUUCUGGUCAAGAUGAUUCUAGCCUUUAUGAUACCAGCAGAGCCUGACUGGGUCAGAAUCAAGAGGGAACAAAUCGAGUUUAACUCUAUGCAAGCUCUAAGGCAGCAGGACGUUACCUCUUUUAUCCCCAAGCACUCCCUGGCUUAA